AAUACACCAUAGUUGACCCACUCCUGUAACGUGGCAAUGAUCAUCGAACAAAUUCUUUAAUGUGUUGGAGACUCCGCAAAGAAUCCCGGUACUCUAGCCCACCCGAAUAAUUCAAACCGCGUCCGCCUAAAAGUAAACAUUAUAGCACCUGACUGUAACAUUCCUCGCUCUUUCUUGCGUUCGAGGAUAGCAAAAUUCCUUCGAUUUUUGCUUCGAUGGAAGUAGCUGCUCCGUCAGAUUCUUAGUGUUUCACCUGUUAAGCCCUGCAAGAUGAUCAUGCUGCUAGUGCACAUGUUCCUGAGAAAAACGUCAAAGAAUGGUUCAGAAAGGUGAAUUAGUUCUUAUUGGUGUAUUAGCUGGUGUGGCUGCUGGAAUUCUUAUUGCAUCACUCGCAUUCUUUUGUAUACGUUGGUAUAAAUUGCGGGCCCACCGCCGUCGCCGUGCAAAUGAGCAAUGUCAAUCAACUAUUCCAAUACGUACUUAUGGCUUAGAUACAAGCAACGAAUCUAGUGCAUCUAUAAACAUUAAUGGAUCACAAUACCUUCCCAAAGGUUCUCACCAUAGCUGGUGGAGCCGCCCUCGUAAAGAUCAGUUUACUUCAGCAUCGGGCAUAACAAGAUAUUCUUACAAGGACAUUCAGAAAGCGACUGAAAACUUUAUGAACAUCCUGGGACAGGGAUCUUUUGGUCCAGUUUACAAAGCGACACUGCCAAAUGGUGAAGUGGUUGCUGUAAAGAAACUGGGUACCAACUCUAGACAAGGGGAAAGAGAGUUCCAGACAGAGGUUACACUUUUGGGUAGGCUUCAUCACCGUAAUUUAGUGAAUUUACUUGGAUAUUGUGUGGACAAAGGGCAACACAUGUUGAUAUAUGAAUUCAUGAUCAAUGGAAGUUUGGAGAACCAUUUACACAAUGAGGAACGAGCAAUGAGUUGGGAAGAGAGACUGCAAAUUGCUUUUGAUAUUUCACAUGGCAUUGAAUAUCUUCAUGAUGGGGCCGUGCCACCUGUGAUACAUCGAGAUUUGAAGUCUGGUAAUAUUUUGCUAGAUCAUGUUAUGAGAGCUAAGGUUGCUGAUUUUGGGCUCUCAAAGGAAGAAGUAUAUGAUGGAAGUAAUUCUGGGCUUAAAGGCACAUAUGGCUACAUUGAUCCUGUGUAUAUAUCAACAAACAAGUUUACAACAAAAAGUGACAUUUAUAGUUUCGGUAUCAUCCUCUUUGAACUUAUUACAGCUAUUCAUCCCCAUCAAAACUUGAUGGAAUAUGUCAAUCUUGCGACAAUGAGCCCAGAUGGUAUUGAUGAGAUUGUUGACAAGAAAAUUGUUGGGACAUAUAACCCACAAGAAGUAAGAAGCCUGGCUGCAAUUGCUCACAAGUGUUUGAAGAAUACUCCAAGAAGACGCCCCUCAAUUGCAGAAGUUUCCCAUGCAAUAUCAAAGAUAAAGCAUAGGGGGGGCCUCCUCAGAGAAGAUACUGUCUCGUUUGCCCAAGAUGAUUUUUCUAGAAUGAUUAGUACUAUUGAAAAGCGACAAAUUGAAUUGAGAAAUAUGGAAAGCAUAACCGAGAAAGAUGCUCACUGAAAGUCUUCCAUCUUACCUGUUCCCUUUUCUCAAUUUGAUAUAUCGUAUUUUUGAGUAUGUAAUUUAGUUAAAAUAUUGCCCCAAAUAGGACUAAAUUGUUCCUGAAAUUCUUAAAUAGGACCAUGUAUAUUUUUAUUCCCGAAAUAGGACUAAAUUACUCUUC